AUGGAGGGCAGCAUGAAGCAGGUGGUGGUUGAGGAGCCACUGGACUCGGACAAGGGCUGCUGCGGCUGCUGCUGCUGGCCCUGUGCCCUGUGCUGCACCAAGUGUGCUCGGUGCUGCAUGCCCAGGUGCCCCCGCUGCUGCCGCUGCCCCCGAUGCCCCGGCUGCCCCCGAUGCCCCGGCUGCUCCGGAUGCACCGCAUGCAUCAAGCGGUCCCUGUGCUUCCUCCCUCGCCUGCUCUGUUACCUGCCCCGCAAGCUGCUGGGCUGCCACAACCUCAAGUGCCUGCUGUUGGUGGUGCUGGUGGUGGUGCUGCUGGUGGUCAUCAUCGCCGGAGCCCUGCUGAUGUGGCUGCGCGCGGACCAGGCCCAUGCUGAUGCUGUCCUAAGGAUGGGGCUGUGGAGAGAACCAGCCUGGGAGGAGGAUGCAGCCACGUUCUAUGUGGAUGGUGGGGAUGGAAACCCGGCCACGGUCAUCUAUGACUACAAGAAUCUGCUGGUGAGCUACAGAUCCCAGCUCCACGGUGCCUGCUACAUCACCCACAUGGACAAGGACAACAUCCCAGGGCUGGACACCAUGGCUGAGACCUUCCAGCGCCGGCAGGGUGAGAAGAGACUUGCCAUGCCCCUGUCCGACCGCUCCAUCCUGGGCACCACCACCAGCAUCCUCUGCAGCAUCGUCCCCAUCUACUGGGCUUAG